CAUCCAGCCCUCCUCUUCUCUGCGUCCGGCAGACGGCGGCGGUUUCUGGCAGUGUUGUGAUUAAAUCUCUGCUUUCUAACCCAGAACUAACGUUUACUAUAGUCUUCUUCUUUUUUUUUCUUCCUCUGCGUGUUGGUGUAUGUUAGGUGUGUGGUUUUUUCUCGCCGUUAGUGGAGCAUCCUCUCGCCUUCUUGUCUCAGGCUGCCACUGUGUGAGAAUGUUCUGGAAACAAGCCGCCUGAAGGGCGCUUAUUUGCUGCUGAAUUAUUCAGACUCCUCAGGCACACAAAUGACACCAUAAAAUCAUUUGGGCUGUUUGUCUCUUUAAAAGGCUGAUGUAAAGUUUAAAGACAGGCUCUGUGUGUGUGUGUGUGUGUGUGUGUGUGUGUGUAGGAGCUGACGUGUGUCCCAUACUGAUGCAGAGGACCACAGACGGCCACAGUUUCACAGGCAGGGAGGUGCUUUCUUUCUGGCCUUUUGUCUGUCUCCUCGGAGCUCUUGUAGCCCCCUUCCUUCCUCCAGAUCAGCCUUCACCCCUCCUGGUUAAAAUGUUUGCUCUGACAGUGCAGACUCGUUAGAGAAAUCCAUUUUAGUGGCCUACUCUCAGCCUAAUAUAUGGGCUAAUGAGAGAGGAAGCUGUGCCUGUCAAGUUUCUGAAUUAUUCAGGCUACAUUUUUAUGCUUUGUCAUCCAUCAGUCGUGCCAUCAGUCCUGUCCUCUGUGCCGCCGUGAUGGCAGAUGCGUGUGUUCGUCACCAUCACUGCAUCAGCUCUGUCUAUCCAACAGGAUCCCCAGCAGAGCCCUCGCUCAGCAGCCAUUUGCAGUGUUUUUCUUUAGAAAGUCAGAGAUCAGAAGCACUGCUGUGAGGAUGCUGGGGACUUGAAAUCCUUUAAUAUUCACAGAAACCAGCACGAACCUUUAGAGCUACUCUUAGGCACAAUUUGGCUUUUUCGAAUCAUCUUUUAAGCUUGUUUGGUGAUGAAAAUUUUAAUAUAACCAUUUCAUAUUUCACUACAUAUAUUGUCUAUUUCACAAUUACUUGGUCAGGGAUUACCAACCAGUGCCACGGUGCCAUAUCAUCAGCAUCAAAGAGGAUGGAAACCUUGCUGAGUUUUCAGCGAACCAUAUAUUAAACAGAGGGUUUGCUCGACUCCUUCACCUGUAAGAGCUCUCCUCUGAAAAUCCUCCUCUCCCUCACCAACACUUGUGCCAUGCAGGAGGUGUGAACCCUCCUCCUUCUCUUUCUUUGCAAACCGCUGGAGGAAACCCAAAAAGAGAGCAAAAGAAAACCCAGACACAAGUCACGAUGUCAGACCCUGACCCCUCUUUGCCGACAGUCCCCCCACUGCCCCUCACUUCUCCACGCACUCCCUUGCAGCUCUCCUUUCCCUUUCUGAGGGAGGGCAGCCGGGUUUGGGAGAAGGAGAGGAAACCACCACAGCCCGGAGAGCUGCCUAGCCCACUGCCUACUAAACGCACUCGCACAUACUCAGCGACAGUGCGAGCUAAAUCAGGUCCUGUAUUUAAAGGGGUGUGUAAAAACUUCUCCAGGUCUCAGGGUCAUGGAUUCAUACGGCCUUCACACGGAGGAGAGGACAUCUUUGUCCACAUCUCUGACAUUGAGGGAGAGUACGUGCCUAUGGAAGGAGACGAGGUUACGUACAAAGUGUGCCCCAUCCCUCCCAAGAACCAGAAGAUUCAGGCUGUCGAUGUGAUGAUCACCCACCUGAAUCCAGGCACAAAGCAUGAGACCUGGUCGGGUCAGAUCAUCAGCUCCUAGACCAGCGAUUUAAGUUUCAGAUCUGCAAAGGCGAAGAGGGGUUUAGACUUAAUUUCAGAUUUUAUGUUUUGGUAAAGGAAACAGUAGGAUCAGGUCUGGGGGAGAGGGAUCCGAGCUCGGUGUGCGGUGGGCGAGCGCUGGCCUGAGGUGAUAGUGGUACGGAAAGUGAACUUCUAGAUAUAAAAGUUAGGGUUGGGAGUUAAGCUUUGAAUGUAUGUGUUUGAAUGUUUUUAUUUGGAGGCCAUGGUUUCAUCAUUUGUGUUUGAAUAUUUCUGUUGGGGGGCUUAAAGGGGUUCAGGGUUUGGUGCUAGCAAUUUUACUUUGGGGUAGGGAAUAUAUUUUAGUUGGGAAAUAAGUGGUUGUAAAGGAAGUGUCUUUAAUGAGUUGGAUAAAGAUGUAUUAGGGGCCGAAAUGCAUUUUGAGCUAAUGAAACAGUUCAACCAUACAGACACACACUUUGAGUUUUUGGGAGCAGCUCAGAGGACGUAUGUGUGUACUUCCAAUUUUACAUAUUCACACUGUGUGCCACCACUGCCAAGGUUCAUUAAAAAAGUCAGACUGAAAACAUUCAUUUUAGCCAUAAUGUCUAUGUUUACAACCGCAGAGGAGAAAGAAGAAGUAGGAUUCAAAGGAAAAAACACUUAAAAAAUGCCAAGAUUUUCCAGGUUGUUUACUUUUCCCAAAUGGGAACUAUGAGUAUACUUUCACUAGUAACUUUUCCAUAUUUGCAAUUCACUCUUAAUGCGUUUCGGCCUCAAGUGCUGUGAGAAGUUUCACGUGUUAGGAAGAUGUUUCCUUCUAAAUAUUGUAGCGCUACAGUAUUUUUUCUAUUUGGCAAGUGUAGAUAUCCAGUAUUAUUGUAGCCAGCUCCUAUGACGGUCUAAAGUUUUUGUGGUAGACAGUGGGCAUGUGGGCCUGCUGCUGGAAAAACAGGCCAGAGGGUUUAGGGUUGGUGGAGGAAAUGGUCAGAGGGUGAAGGAACGGGCAGAGGAUGGAGUGAUCAUCUGCAGAUGUGCUCGAGCACAGAUGCAGCUAGCUUCGAUGUGGGUGUUAUAAAGCACGUGUAAGGAGGAUGAUUGAGAUUAAAGUCAGCAGUUCUCACUUUGUGGGUCAUCAGGUGACGUCAAUGAUCUUAAAGAAAUAGUUUAACACUUUGGGAAACACAGUUAUUUGCCUUACAGAUUAUAGGACUGAUUUCACCUUCAUGUCAGGGGUUUCCUACUCUCACGCUUCUGGCGUGUGACAAAUGCUUUAACCUUCAGUCUCACGCUGCUGGAACGAAUCUUAUUUAAAAUAUAGAAAACACAAAAAAGCAAGCUUCUGAGUUUCUCUUUUAUAGAAAAAAAAGUUUAAACUAAGCUUUCCGCACACAAUACAAACUCUAAACAUCAGGCUUUUUCCACUGUUUAGCACCAACACUGAUCCAGAAACAGCGGAGAGUGCAAAAGAUUGUUAAUGUGCUUAUGUUUACAAAGGCUUGCCAGCAAAUGUAGCCUAAUCUGUGCCCAGGAAUCUUUUUAGGACUCUUUGUAGAACCAUAUCAAAUACUUGCAUCCUUAUCGGGCACAGGAUCACCUGCAGCUGUGUCCCACAAAGUGAGAGAGUAGUUUCAGCUUCAUUACAGCUAAUAAUAGCUUCAGACACUGCAGUACUGAAAAUGGAUCAUUAGAGCCUAACAGUGAAUCACCAGUUCUACCAUUUGUUACAUAGCCAUUCUCAGACUGAGUCCUACGCUUCAUUAAAAAUCUGGGUUUCUGCUCAAAUUCAGUGACCAUUGUUAGCAGUAAUAAGUGAAGUGAUGUUUACAUUACCAUAUCCUCUCUAAUCAUUAAACUAAAAGAACGUGUUACAGUUAGCCUAGCAGCAAUGACAAUAUAUUUUCCACAUUAUAUUUUCUACUUUAGCUGAUAAUUUAUGUGUGGUAAAUAUGAAAACAUAGCAAGCAGCCACAGCAUAGCCUAGCAUAGCAUUAAGACCAGAAAAAGGGACAAGAGGUAGCCUGGCAUUUAUUUCAAUUAUCCUAGAACUUUAGGCUAAACUAACCAGCUGCUACCUGAUUAUAUAAACUUAGCACAAAAAGUAAAAACAUUUGUGUUUGAUUAUUGUUUCUUUAUUGUAACAAUGCUUCUUGACAAUAAAUCUCAUACCAGCGGAAAGUCUGCUUAUUUCCCCUCAUAUGGUACCACAUUUAUAAGGACAAUGCUUUUGUGGGUUGAGCAGCAGAGUGAGUAUGUGGGUUGCACCCAUGUAAAAUUUGCCAAAUCUUCUCUGCCGGUACCAAAUAGUUUAUUCUGCUAUUGACUUUUGCUUGGUGUCGGAUGGAUGAUUGAAGUCUGAAGAAAAAAGACAUAUUGACAAUUUAGUAGCAUGUGGAUGAACCGAACACAGGAAACUCAACUCUGCUGCUCAACCCAUAAAUGUACAAAUGUAGUGUCAUUAAAAGGGGAAUAAACAGGAUUUCUAACUGUUUAAGAUUUUUUUUUUUGCAUUGUUACAACAAAGAAAUAAUCAACCAAACACAAACUUCGUUACAUUUUGUGCUAAGUUUAUGUAUAUGUAUGUAUGUACGGAGCACAGCUAUGAGAGCCAUGCUGAUGUUUUCAUGGAGCUCUCAGCAUGUGAGCAGAAAAGCAAAUUUCAGUAAAUGUUGAACUAUUUCUUGAAAUCAUUCUCUCAAGGCCUCCUGGAGGAAUGUGUUGAUUUUUUUUUUUUUUUUUUUUUUUUUAAAUUUAGAUGGCAGGUUGAGCAUUUGAGAAUUUACUGUAGAAAAUCUCAUAUGUCACGGCAAAUGACUGUGGAAAAAAACAAAACAAAAACAAACAGAGCAGCAAAUGCUUCCAAAUGUAAGUCUAACAAAAUAAUUUAUUUAUUGACCUAUUUAUUUUCAUUUGUAACUAGGAGAACAUCAGGUGUUUGGUAAUUAAAAGCUGCAUUUUCAAGUACUUGUGCAAAACUAAGCUUGUUUGAAAAACACUGCACACCUCACUCUUAUGAUACUACCCUGUCAAGAUCCCUUUGCUACGGUCUAUGUCGUUAAUGAGAGGCAAAAAAAAGAGAAAAAAACAAACUUUUCUUAACACAAGUUUCUAAUUUCUAUGUAAUCUUUGUCUAAUUUUUAAUAUAACUAUGUGGCGUUCAAAAUGACAAGCAAGUUUUGUUUGUUUUGGAAGUCAGCAUGUUCUCUACCGUUUGUCGUAAUCUUCAUGUAGAAUGUGUUAAUUCAUCAUGCAGUAACACAGUCGGAGCCUUCACAGAGGUAUUGUCAGAUAUCCUAUGCAUCUUUGAUUCUUCUUCGUUUAAUUAUUAUUUAUUUAUUGCGGUUUUUUCUUUUUUGGCCACAAGUGUGACUUAACAUCAUUGUAGCGCACUAUAUCUGUGUAGUUUCUUUACUGUGGGAGAAAAGAGUUUGUGUUGGCGAGCACUUUUAUUUUUGUCAAAUCACUGUGACACCUGUCUUUUGUUGUUAAGAAAAAAUUUCAAUAAAACUUACAAUGGUAUUCA